AUGAGUCCUAUCAUACUAAGCCGUAUGCGCCCUGUACAUCGUGCGGUCCUACGCGGCGGCCAUGUCAUAUCACCCCAGGCUUUCAUGAUCGCGAAUCGACAAAAUUCUACAAACACAAAGCUUACUCAAAAAUCCUCAUGGACUCACCCAAUAUAUACCCGAGAGGAGAUCCUCGCCGUCAGAACCGCUCAUCACAAGGCAAAUACCUGGCAAGACAAGGUAGCACUUGGAUCCGUUCGAUUUCUACGCUGGGGCAUGGACCUUGUUACAGGGUAUAAAUCACAGUCUUCCAUGGACACAGGAGCUAAAGGCUACGCGAUGUCUGAGGAUAAAUGGAUCACACGAUUUAUCUUCCUGGAGAGUGUUGCUGGUGUCCCUGGAAUGGCAGCCGGUAUGCUCCGUCAUCUCAAAAGCCUCCGACAAAUGAAAAGAGAUCAUGGAUGGAUCGAAACACUCCUAGAGGAGGCCUACAACGAACGCAUGCAUCUCCUCACCUUCCUCAAACUCGCCGAGCCAGGCCCACUCAUGCGACUCAUGGUCCUCGGCGCACAAUUCAUAUUCUUCACUGGUUUCUCCCUGGCCUAUAUGAUCUCCCCACAAAUCUGCCACCGAUUCGUCGGAUACCUCGAAGAAGAGGCUGUAAUAACCUACUCUAAAGCAAUCACAGAUCUCGACAACGGUCACCUACCGCAAUGGGAGAAGUUGCAAGCCCCCCAAAUGGCUAUCAAAUACUGGCAAAUGCCUGAGGGCCAACGGUGUAUUCGAUCGUUGCUGUUAUAUGUGCGCGCGGACGAGGCCAAACAUCGAGAGGUCAAUCAUACACUGGGAAAUUUGAAUCAGACGGAUCCUAAUCCUUUCUCUGCCAAAUUUAAGGUCCAAGGUGCGUUGUCACAGCUGGAGGUUGAUGGUUCCAAGAAGCAGAUCUAA